CGGAACAUGCCGCCAGCAACCUCCAGUCGACGAUCGAGUAUCUCGCUGUCUCUCUUCCGGCCACCGAGCUCUGGCUCGUAACUCACUCCACUGUCUUUCUCACACUCUUUUUCCGAUAUCUCUCGUCUUCUUCCUUUCGAGCUGCCAUCAUUUCGAUCCUCAUAGCCAUUGGAAAGCUUUUCGUCAAAAGCCAAUUGCAGACUCGGUUAUAAUACACAGAGAGUAACUGGAAAUCGAAACAUCGGCCCGUGAUAAUUACCAAAGAGAAGUGAUGUUGAGCUUAUUAUCGUACGAGACGGUUGGCGAAAAUGUGUCUCCUGAGCACCCCCAGGUUGUCCCCAUUACGAUUUUUGUGGCAGUGCUGUGCCUCUGCUUGGUCAUUGGCCAUUUGCUCGAAGAGAAUCGUUGGGUUAACGAGUCCAUCACCGCCAUCUUCAUUGGAGGCUUAACUGGAAUCCUGAUCUUGGUCUUGCGGAAGGGGCAAAGUUCUCACCUUUUGAGGUUCAGUGAGGAGCUCUUCUUCAUUUACCUCCUUCCCCCCAUCAUCUUCAAUGCCGGAUUUCAGGUUAAGAAGAAGCAGUUCUUUCAGAACUUCAUAACCAUUAUGCUGUUUGGGAUUGUUGGGGUUUUCAUCUCAACAGUCAUUAUAUCCCUAGGCAGCUGGUGGCUGUUUCCUAAACUUGGAUUCCUCGGUCUAGCGCCGCGAGACUACCUCGCUAUAGGAACUAUAUUUUCGUCGACCGAUACAGUGUGCACCCUGCAGGUUCUUCACCAAGAUGAAACACCUUUGCUCUACAGCAUAGUGUUUGGGGAAGGAGUAGUAAACGAUGCAACAUCAGUUGUUUUGUUCAAUGCUGUUCAGAAGAUGGAUGUCAGCAAGAUCAACUCCCAAACAAUACUCAGUGUCAUUGGAGAUUUCCUCUACUUGUUCUCCACCAGCACUGCUCUUGGAAUCGGUGUUGGCCUCCUCACUUCACUUGUGCUGAAAACACUCUACUUUGGGAAACACUCAAGCAUACGUGAACUCGCCAUGAUGGUAUUAAUGGCUUAUCUAUCUUACAUGCUCGCCGAGCUGCUUGAACUAAGCGGGAUUCUCACUGUUUUCUUUUGUGGAAUCAUCAUGUCGCAUUAUUCUUGGCACAAUGUGACAGAAAGUUCCAGGAUCACAGCCAGACAUGUUUUCGCCAUGUUGUCCUUUGUCGCCGAGACGUUCAUAUUUCUCUAUGUGGGCAUGGAUGCUUUUGACAUCGAGAAGUGGAAGAUGACUAAAUUGAGCUUAGGGACUUCCCUUGGGAUCUAUAGCUCAAUAGUGUUUCUGAUAUUGGUGGGGCGUGCUGUAUUCGUGUUUCCACUCUCUGCAUUUUCCAACUUCAUGAACAGACGCAAAACAUCCCCGCUUACCUUCAAACAGCAAACUGUUAUUUGGUGGGCUGGCCUAAUGAGAGGUGCUGUCUCUAUCGCUCUUGCUUUCAAACAGUUCACCUAUUCUGGCGUCACGUUGGAUCCUAUCAACGCAACAAUGAUCACCAACACCAUCAUAGUCGUUCUCUUUACUACAUUGGUAUUUGGUUUCUUGACGAAGCCCCUGGUAAAUUACCUAAUCACACACCGAAUGAGAAACCAGAACAAUCGUGGGGGUGGGAGUGGAGGAGAACAACCAAGGUCCCCAAAAGACGAUGUGGUCCUUCCUUUGCUGUCCUUUGACGAAUCUGCAUCUGCUAACAUGCAAAUCGCAAGGGAGAGUUUCUCCUUGUUGAUGGACAGGCCGGUCUACACCAUCCAUCACUACUGGAGGAGGUUUGAUAAUGCCUACAUGAGACCCAUUUUUGGUGGCCCUCGGCACAGCCGAUCAGAAUGCUGAGUUUCUACCGCCACUACUGCUCUUUCUCUCUCUCUCGCUAAAGUCUCAACCAUUUCUUCAUCGAAGAAUACCAGAAUCGCCUCAAGGCAGCCUAAGGUUAGGGGAGAAAGGGGUGUGUUUAUUUGAGUUGGUGCCUAGACUAUGCAUGUACAAAACACUAAAUGCAGAUGUCGAGUAUAGUAGAGAUUGUGUAUGGAAUGGAAGGAAUGUAGUAAUGUUCAAGUUUUGGUUGUUUUGAUGGUGGAAGCUACUAUUUCGAUCUGAAUGUAAAUUAUUUAAGAGAACUCUCAACAAUCAUUUUUUGUGAAAAAUGGAGCUUCCUUCAUUAAAGCAAUACAUUGUUU